AUGUCUUCCAAACGCAUCCUUCUCAUCACCGGGGCCAAUACUGGCAUUGGCUAUGAGACCGUUCGAUUCCUCUUGGAAUCCCCCAAGUCGUACCACAUUCUAUUUGGAUCGAGAUCCGCAAGCAAGGGAGAAGAAGCCAUUGCCCGGCUCAAGAAGGAAUUCCCUUCCACAUCCAGCUCGUUAGAGCUUCUCGAGAUCGAUGUCACAAGCGAUGAUGCUAUUUCCAAUGCAUUCAAAAGAGUCAACGAAAAGCACGGCCUGCUUGAUGUCUUGGUCAACAACGCUGGCGCGUCAUUCGACCAAUCUCUUUCAAAGACUAAAUCUGAUGAAGUUGACAUCGCAAGUGUCCGCGAGUCUUUCAACAAGGCAUUUGACGUCAACACAUCGAGUGCAAAUGUCAUGACCUACGUUUUUGCACCUCUGCUAUUGAAGUCAUCUGAUCCCCGUCUUCUCUUCAUCACCAGCGGGCUGUCCAACUUGACUGCCAUGGAAAAAGGUGGCCUGAUGCCCCAUCUACCUAAUUACGUUACACCUGCAGGAUGGCCGAAGCCUCUGUCAGUAGUCGGGUAUCGCUCGAGCAAAGCUGGGCUGAACAUGGUGAUGUCGAGCUGGCAUUGGUUGUUCAAGCAGGACGGCGUCAAGGUUUGGUGCAUCUCGCCUGGAUUUCUGGCGACCAAUUUAGGAGGCAACCAGGAGCUGUUGAAGAAAAUGGGAGCCGGAGAACCGAGUCGUGGGGGCGAGUUGAUCAAGCGAGUAAUCGAGGGAGAGCGAGAUGCCGAUGUCGGCAAGAUUGUUAGUCAGGAUGGCGUUCAGUCAUGGUAA